UAAUCUGAACUGAUUCCUCUUUCUGCCCCAGGUUGGGUUUCUUUUUCACCUCUACCCGGAUGGGAAAGGCAAAAGAAUUAAAAGGGAAGUUACUCCUCCUCUUCAUUGCUGCCUUUAUCUUCCUCCUCAGCCUCAAUGUGACAAAACACAGGACGUACAACGCUUUCCCAAAGCCGCUUUCUGCGUCCAAAAUGUGCUCCCUGCAGAUCUCUGAGCAGACCCUAACCCCCCUCAACAAUACCAAGCACAUUCUGGUGUCAGCCUACAUGGACCAGAGAGUGAAGGGCUUGGAUAUACGCAUCAUCGGCAUCUUUAAGAUAGACUCCAUCCAACCCCUCUACUGUCUUUUCUGCUGUGCAGGGCGGUUGUCAAAUGCAACUCCAACAACAAUUUUAAAACACAAUAACAACUUUGGUUUUCCCUUCGUCACAACAGAUGUCAUGUGUGGAAUUCCUAAGGGCUUCAGUGCUACACAUGUCACUCUGUUGAUGCAGCCUCACCGUGUUACAGUACCUAACCAGACUUGGCUUCCAAUUAGAAACCAGAAGACCGGUAGGGAGGAGGAGCAAAAGUUACAGUUUAACUUCACAGUCUGCAUCUCCAACCUGUACGGAGAUUACAACAAUGUGCUUCAGUUUGCACAGACUCUGGAGAUGUACAGGUUAGCAAAGCAACAACACCACAAGCCACUGAAAAAAAAAUAUAUUGUGUGAAUGGUGUGACCUUUGCAAAGGUACUGUUGCAGUGUCUCUGGAUUGCACCGAUGAUUCUGGUUAGGUUAGGUUAAAGGGCCAGUUACCUU